AUGGCCGAGUCCAACGCCGCCGCUGCGCCGGCUUUGUCAACCAACAUCGAGUCGGGCAAGUUUGAUGAGAAGGACCGCCCCGUCGAGUCCGUUCCCGCCAAGAAGGCCGAGGCUGAGGAGGAUGAGGAUGAGGACAUUGACGCCCUGAUUGAGGACCUCGAGUCCCAGGAUGGUGCUGCUGUCGAUGAGGAGGAGGAGGAGGAGUCCUCUCCUCACACUGGUCGUGUUGUUCCCGAGGAGCUUCUCCAGACCGAUUCGCGCAUUGGUUUGACCUCCGAUGAGGUCACCCAGCGUCGUCGCCGCUUCGGUCUCAACCAGAUGAAGGAGGAGAAGGAGAACCUGGUUCUCAAGUUCCUUAUGUUCUUCGUCGGUCCUAUUCAAUUCGUUAUGGAGGCUGCCGCCGUCCUGGCUGCUGGUCUUGAGGACUGGGUUGAUUUCGGUGUCAUCUGUGGUCUUCUUCUGCUCAACGCCGCUGUCGGUUUCAUUCAGGAAUUCCAGGCUGGUUCUAUUGUCGACGAGUUGAAGAAGACUCUCGCCCUGAAGGCUGUCGUCCUCCGUGAUGGUCAGCUCAAGGAGAUCGAGGCUCCCGAAGUCGUUCCCGGUGAUAUUCUUCAGGUUGAGGAGGGUACCAUCAUCCCCGCUGAUGGUCGUAUCGUCACCGACGAUGCUUUCCUGCAGGUCGACCAGUCCGCCCUUACUGGUGAAUCUCUCGCUGUCGACAAGCACCACGGUGACCAGUGUUUCGCGUCCUCCGCUGUCAAGCGUGGUGAGGCCUUCGUGGUUAUCACUGCCACUGGUGACAACACCUUCGUCGGUCGUGCUGCCGCCCUUGUCAGCCAGGCUUCCGCCGGUACUGGUCACUUCACUGAGGUGUUGAACGGCAUUGGUCAGGUUCUCCUGGUCCUCGUCAUCCUCACCCUGGUUAUCGUCUGGGUUUCUUCCUUCUACCGUUCCAACCCCAUCGUCGAGAUUCUGUCCUUCACCCUGGCCAUCACCAUUGUCGGUGUCCCUGUCGGUCUUCCCGCCGUCGUCACCACCACUAUGGCUGUCGGUGCUGCCUACCUUGCCAAGAAGAAGGCUAUCGUUCAGAAGCUGUCUGCCAUCGAGUCCCUCGCUGGUGUUGAGAUUCUCUGCUCCGACAAGACCGGUACCUUGACCAAGAACAAGCUCUCUCUGUCUGAGCCCUACACUGUUGCCGGUGUCGACCCCGAGGACCUGAUGCUUACUGCCUGCCUUGCUGCUAGUCGCAAGAAGAAGGGUAUUGAUGCCAUCGACAAGGCUUUCCUGAAGUCGCUGAAGUUCUACCCCCGCGCCAAGGGUGUCCUCUCCAAGUACAUUGUCCGUGACUUCCACCCCUUCGACCCCGUCUCCAAGAAGGUCACCGCUGUUGUCGAGUCCCCCCAGGGCGAGAUCAUCACUUGUGUCAAGGGUGCUCCUCUUUUCGUUCUCAAGACUGUCGAGGAGGACCACCCCAUCCCCGAGGAGAUUGACGCCGCCUACAAGAACAAGGUCGCUGAGUUCGCCACCCGUGGUUUCCGUUCCCUUGGUGUUGCCCGCAAGCGUGGUGAGGGUGCUUGGGAGAUUCUCGGAAUCAUGCCCUGCUCUGACCCCCCGCGUCACGAUACCGCUAAGACUGUCAACGAGGCCAAGACUCUGGGUCUGUCCAUCAAGAUGUUGACUGGUGACGCUGUCGGUAUUGCUCGUGAGACUUCUCGUCAGCUCGGUCUCGGUACCAACAUCUACAACGCUGAGCGCCUUGGUCUUGGCGGUGGUGGUGACAUGCCCGGUUCUGAGGUCUACGAUUUCGUCGAGGCUGCCGAUGGUUUCGCUGAGGUCUUCCCCCAGCACAAGUACAAUGUCGUCGAGAUCCUGCAGCAGCGUGGUUACCUUGUUGCCAUGACUGGUGAUGGUGUCAACGAUGCUCCCUCUUUGAAGAAGGCUGAUACCGGUAUUGCUGUUGAGGGUGCAUCCGACGCUGCCCGUUCCGCCGCCGAUAUUGUCUUCCUUGCCCCUGGUCUCGGUGCCAUCAUUGAUGCCCUCAAGACUUCCCGCCAGAUUUUCCACCGCAUGUACGCCUACGUUGUCUACCGUAUUGCUCUGUCCAUCCACUUGGAGAUCUACCUUGGUCUGUGGAUUGCCAUUCUGAACCGAUCCCUCAACAUCGAGCUGGUUGUCUUCAUCGCCAUCUUCGCUGAUGUUGCUACCUUGGCCAUUGCCUACGACAACGCUCCUUUCUCCAAGUCCCCUGUCAAGUGGAACCUGCCCAAGCUUUGGGGAAUGUCCGUCGUUCUUGGAAUAAUUCUUGCCAUCGGUACCUGGAUCACUGUCACUACCAUGUACGCUCAGGGUGUCGACGGCGGUAUUGUCCAGAACUUCGGUAACAUGGAUGCCGUCCUCUUCCUUGAGAUCUCCCUCACUGAGAACUGGCUUAUCUUCAUUACCCGUGCCAACGGCCCCUUCUGGUCCUCCAUUCCCUCGUGGCAGCUUACCGGCGCCAUUCUGGUCGUCGACAUCCUCGCCACUUGCUUCACCAUCUGGGGUUGGUUCGAGCACAGCAACACCUCCAUUGUUGCCGUUGUCCGUAUCUGGAUCUUCUCCUUCGGUGUCUUCUGCAUCAUGGGUGGUGUCUACUACCUCAUGGCUGGCAGCGCUGGUUUCGAUAACAUGAUGCACGGACGUUCGCCCAAGGGCAACCAGAAGCAGCGAUCCCUCGAGGACUUCGUCGUUUCGCUCCAGCGUGUCUCCACCCAGCACGAGAAGUCUUCAUAG